GGAAUCUAGCUUAAAAAAUGAAAGUCAUACUGAGCGCUCUGUUGUGCACGCUGCUGAUGGUGUUAACCGGAAGCAGUCCUUUGUUUGCACGAAAAUUGUCCGGCAGGAGAAACCCUUGGACGGAUGUUACCUACCGGGAACGGCUGCAAAGCUGGGGCCUUUAUCCGAAGGUGUUUCGCUACGGCACAACCAACCAUCAUGCGGCGAUCCUGGAACGGAAACGAGCCGAGCUAAGCUGGUUAAAGCGAUACGUCCGGGAAAAUGAGGAAAUGGUAGGCAAUCAUGAUGGGCAUGCAAACAUGGUGUCCAACGGCAGAAUUGAACGUGAUCGUCAGUACGAGAAAUUUAAGGAAAAACACUUCCAAAAGAUGGAACAGGAUGCACUCGAAGUUUUGUGGCAGCAUCGUUAGAUUGCUGUUCGAGUGAGAUGAGGAGUAC